AUGGUAUCGUCGGCUGUUUUGUCCUUGCCCCUAUCCGUUUCACUCAUCCUGCGCUGGAUGCGCUGUCGUUUUAGACUACUCUACCGGACCUUUGGCGGUAUCUACGCUCUCCUUCUCCUCACGCUCACCCUCGUCGGUCUUCAAGUCUUUGGAGUGCUGGAGAAUCUGCGUGCCAAACCCUUCCAGGAAUUGCUUCAGAUGUAUCGACACUCUGGGGUUCUGAUUACCUUUCAGCGGGAAAUUAAGAGCCUGACACCGCAGCGGCCUCAGAGGUCUUUCCAUCCCAACUUCCCCUAUCUACACACUUCCAGUGAUAUUUGUGUUCACGUGUUGGAUUACGGAGGAAGCACGCUUCCGGCUGUUGUUCUUAUAAAAUCCGCAGUCGGUCAUCUUGAACACCGCACGGUCAUUAGAGCUACGUGGAUGCGUGAGGUGCGUGUUUGA